AGUACUGCGGCUCUAUCAGUAUCCGCUUGCCCGGAUUCCACCCGGUGCUCCUCAGCAGAUCAGCCCUUCUGACUGCUGGUGCCGGGGAAGGCGCGUUCCACCGCCUUUCUCGAUGCUGUGAGGAGAUCGUGCCUUUUGCCCAGUGGCGUUAUCGACCCCAAGUGCUGCAUAAUCUUCCCCGUGGCCUUGGAGAGGGAUAAGUAGCCAGCUGUUAACGGCGGGGCAGGUUCCCGCUGCCACAGUCGCUUCCACUGCUCCGGCACUGCCCGCAUAACCCUCCCCUCACAGCCCCGCCACGGGCUCCCUGAGCACUACGGAGACACAAACAGUGUCUUCAUACAGUGUCCCACGUUAGUCCGGGACUGCUGUGAGUGGACGGCGGCCGUGUCAGGGUCGUGCCCUACGGGCGCGGCGAGAGCGGAGGCCGGAGCUGAGCCCGCCGCGGCAAGCAGGGGGCGCCAGAGCUCCGCUUUCCGCCCGGCACUUUCGCGCCUGCGCACCGGCCCAGCCGGCACGGCGCGUGCGCACAGUGCUCUCGCGGCGUCCAACCGACGCCCCUCGCCCAGCCUCGAGGAGUAGUGCGCAUGCGCGCCGCCCCGUUGCUGCCCCCUCCCACCCUACCGCACCCCCCCGGCCGCUCGUCGGGCGAUGUGUCAGGAGGCCCGAGACUGCUGAGCGGGCCGAGGCCCGCGGGGCUCCCGGCGACCUCUGGCAUCACUGCCAGCCGGGCCCGCGCAGCAGAGCCGAGAAGGACGCGGACCCUCAGUCGGGAGCUGAGGUCAGAUGUUUCCAUCGGUUGCAACGAAGAGGAGUGGAGUCGGGACCUGCUAAGUGCUGAUCUGCUUGUGCUCCGGACCAUGGACUCAUUGAGGGCAUCCCAGGUGUGAAAAUGUACAGCAGUAAUCGGGAGUUAGUGAUUGACUUUGUUUCCUACAAGCUCUCACAGAAAGGCUACAGCUGGAGUCAGCUGGAGGAGGAGGAUGAGAACAGGACUGACUUUGCAGGGGAGGAGGACGAGAUGGACAGCGUCCUCAACGGGAGCCCCUCCUGGCACGCACCCACCAGCCACAUAGUGAACGGAGCCUCUGUGCACCAGAGUAGCCUCGAAGUCCAUGAGAUCCGUCGAGCAGCCGACGUAAGGCAGGCACUGAGAGAGGCGGGGGAUGAGUUUGAGCUGAGGUACCGGCGGGCGUUCAGCGACCUCACUUCCCAGCUCCACAUCACUCCCAGCACAGCGUAUCAGAGCUUUGAGCAGGUAGUGAACGAACUGUUCCGCGAUGGAGUGAACUGGGGCCGCAUCGUGGCUUUCUUCUCCUUUGGAGGAGCCUUGUGUGUGGAGAGCGUUGUUAAGGAGAUGCGGGUAUUGGUGAAACGCAUCGUGUCUUGGAUGACCACGUACUUGACCGACCACUUAGAUCCCUGGAUCCAGGAGAAUGGCGGAUGGGAGCGCUUUGUGGACCUCUAUGGGAACAAUGCUGCUGCCGAGGUGAGAAAAGGCCAGGAGACCUUCAACAAAUGGCUCCUGACCGGGGCGACGGUGGCUGGAGUGCUUCUGCUGGGAUCGCUGCUGAGCCGCAAGUGAGCCGCCGCCGAGCCCCCCGCAGCCAGGGCGGCUGCGCCUUCACCGCCACAUCCACUACACUCCGCUCCCGAGCACCAUCACGGCACAGGGGCAGCCCCUCCAUCCCAGCCGAGCACCCUGCUCCGGGCAGUUUUCUCCCUCGUGCCGCCAGCUCCUUUAUUGUAGCCUGUCUUAUUUACUGUUCCGUUGUGUUUUAGAGGCGCUGAGACCAAUGCAGCACUUCAGCUCCCAGCGCUGGGGAGAUCCAGGCAGCUGGGGGGGGCACAGGCUAGAAGGUGUCCCAGCCCUGCAGGGUUCUCCAAAUAAUUUGGAAGAGAAUAAACAGACUUAUUUUUGCAUGUGUGAGUGCGUGCGUGUGUGUAGAUGUGUCACUAAUAUAAAGUUGCCCAGCCAGAGCAAGGGUCAGGCUCCAUGCCCCCAUCUCUGGCACGCUCAGGCACCCGGAAAAGGCAGGCUGCCCAGCGGGAUGAAGCUUCCCUGCAGCAUCCCCAUCCUGUCCUUGCUUCCCAAGUCAGAGCUCAUCCCUGUAUGGCAGGGGGAGCAGGAGGAAGAGGCAGAGGCCAGGAGUGAGGAGCUUUGCCCUUGGUCAGCCCUGUGUGAAUUCCUUUCUCCCCACAUCAUCAACUGCUGGGAGCUGCAGCCUGUCCAGAUGAGGAUGGUGUGCCAGGCCCAGAGCUGUGUGUGGUGUGAAGGGUUCUUUGUCCUCUUCCUCCUCCUCACUCCAAAUGUUGAUGGCUGUGGGACAGUGCUCAUCCCUUCCCAGCCUGCUCUUCUGGGCUGGCAAAAGAAGGAGGCAGGAGAGAGGGAGAGUGCUUGUCCCUGGCACAAGGGGCUUUGCAGAGAGCUGGGGCUGUGGUGUCCAGGAUUCCAGAGCUAGGGAUUGGAAGGGUCAGGGGAAGCACUUUCACAGGGGUGGCAAAGCCCAGGGAGCAGCUGAUUAAUGGGAUGAGCGGGGAAGUAAGCCCAGGGGGGAUGGGAGUGAGGGCUGGCACUGGCUGAGAGCACCUCUGCAGAGGCUCUUUGGGGACAACAGGAGCUAUGGCCUCUCCACUGCUGUCCCACAUGUUCCCAGUCCCACAGUGCAGGCAGAUGCCUGGCCCCAUGCAUGGCUGUGAUGGCUGCAUGCAGUGACUGAGGUGUCUGGCUUCCCUCCCCCCUCAUCCCCACGCUGCUCCUUCUGCUGCUGGAGCAGGGAACCUCCGGCCUUUGAGCUGAAAUUAGCUUCCAGAAUAAACACCCUCAUCCUUCAGAGCCCACCACGGGCAGACACAGCUGUCCACAGCUUGUCCGUGUACAUACCGCCCGUGCUCUGCUGUACAUAUACGAGUAGUUUUUAAUUCAUUUGUGAAUACUAUUAAUGCUAUUUUUGUUAUCUUGUCUGUCCGUAUUUAUGUGUGGGACCGUGCUCCCUGCAGAGGCCAUGCUGGGAUGGAGGUCGGGGAGAACCGGAGGUUCCAAGGGGGCUCACUUGGCCACUGAGCACGGACUCGCACUCCUCAUGUGGGACCCACUCAGAUCCCGCAUGGGGAGCACGAGGAUUAGCAUUAGCCCAUUGAACGCUUCGGUUUGCAGGUGGAGGUGAAUCCACAAAUAAAUUUGUCAUUUGA